AUGAAACAAUCACAAAUUCGCUUCUAGGGGAGUAUAUAGUGGACUUAAACACGUCGGCGGCGGCGGCGGCGGCGGACGCAGCACAGGGAUGAGUUUGGAGAGAAACGUGUGGCUGUGGAGAUAACUGUUAGCGGUUCCCUCUUUAAAUAAAGGUAUAGGGCUGAGAGCAUUGAUUUUACUGCUGCCGCGUGCUCGCGAGUUUUUCCCCUCUGAAGUGAGAAACAUUUGGGCAUUUAUUGAUUUUCGUAUACGUCUUUGUGAGGUAAAAAAGGAAAAUAUCAAGUCUUUCAGGUCUUCACUGAAUAUAAUCAAAGCUGGAUGACGUUCGUUCAGUCUUUUUUUUAUAGCAGGAAUUUACAACACCAUUUUACGAUAAAAUCUGUUAAACGUCACGUGACUAUCCAACUGUAAUGGAGAGAGGAAUGACUCAAGGCUCUGUUGGAACAGCCAUGUUCAAGACAAGUUCAUGCUAGAGGGGGGACAUGCUGUUUUAUAUGCCAGACGGGACGGGCUGGGUGGGGAGGGGUGCUAACGCACGUCUUUACCAGAAAAUGGUGCUGAAUCCUUUUUUUUUUUCAUGCAAAGUUGUGCUGGUGAUUUAGGAGGCCGUGCGCCCAGAAUCACUUGAUGAAUUUUCUAUCGAUCCUAAACAAGCCAGAUUCAUCUCUGACACGGUGUUUACUGCUGUUUGGCGAUGCAGGAUGCAGGACACCCCCCCCCCCCUCCCGGUACCGGCCAAUUCAAAGCGCAAGCAGAAAGCAAGCACAUAGACAUGACGUCAUUUCUGUUUACAGCCAAUUAUAACUUUUUUUUUUUGGCAGUCAGUGGCCUAGGGGGGUGUAUUUUGCUUCUCCCCCUGCACUCAUUCAAAACGCUUGCGAAACGUGUCAGAGCCGCUUUGCUUUUGUUGUGUCUUCCAGCUUUUAGCUGCAAGUGGUGGAGAAAAGCGCGUGCCUAAAGCGCCAAAACAAAAAAAACCCGGCAAAGACAGGGUCAAGUACCGGAGGAGCGUGCGUAAUCAAAAACUGAGGCCAUACGAUCAUGCGCGUGUGGGCGCAGUCUGUAUGUUUAAUCCCAUUUCCUUAUCCGGGGCUCGUUCAGCAGGCAUUCUAUUGGCCAACCGCCGUCACGUGCAGCCCUAACUUUGUUCACUUGACAGAAAAGUAGGAGGGUUCAAAGGAACAGGAAUAACCGAAGAGUAAAGGGAUGGGAUAUAAAUUUUAGCUAUAUAUUUUCGAGUCAGUGCAAUUCCACAAAAAGGCUGAAAUUAAUGGCCAUGAGUUCCUAUUUGAUCAACUCCAACUAUGUGGACCCUAAGUUCCCCCCGUGCGAGGAGUACUCACAGAGCGACUAUCUGCCCAGUCACUCUCCGGACUAUUACAGCUCCCAGAGGCAGGAGCCCGGAGCCUUCCAGCCGGACUCCCUCUACCACCCCCACCAGCACCAGAACCACCGGCCACGAGCCGAGCCGCCCUACACGCCGUGCCAGCGCGCAGCGCAGCCCGCCUCGGUGCUCAUUCCCCCCCGGGGUCAUGUUGCGUUGUCGACGGGGCAGGAGCAGACUACCACAUUCUCGGACCAGAGCCACCGCUGCAACUCAGUCACACCGAGCCCCCCUCCGCCUCCGUCCUGCGGCCAAACGGCUCACGGUCAGGGCGCUUCCUCUCCCGCCAGCACUCGGAAGGACCCGGUGGUGUACCCGUGGAUGAAGAAGGUGCACGUAAACAUCGUAAACUCCAGCUACACAGGGGGAGAACCGAAGCGCUCGCGGACGGCCUACACGCGCCAGCAAGUCCUGGAACUGGAGAAGGAGUUUCACUACAACAGAUACCUGACGCGCAGGCGGAGAGUGGAGAUUGCGCAUACUCUCUGUCUGUCAGAGCGCCAGAUCAAGAUCUGGUUUCAGAACCGGCGGAUGAAGUGGAAGAAGGACCACAAGCUGCCCAACACCAAAGUCCGCUCGGGGACAAACGGAGCCGCUCUCCCCCAGACUGUGGCUGGUUCUCAGAACCGCCCCUCUGGACAUCUAUAGCCCCCCUGUCCCACCCAGAACCCCGUUCUCUGUUUGACCCCUGAAACUGAAGACUGAGGAGUAAAAACAGCAACCACCGACAAUGCACUUUGGAUCGAAGCGAUUCCUUCUCACGUCCGUGUGGGCGCGACCUGAACACACUCACGGAGCAGGACGGAGCGGGGGGGGGGGGUAUUGGGUUAAUCUGACAUGUAGUCAGUCACUAAAGGAGUAGGGCUCCUCAGCCUCCUUCGGUUCCGAGCAGAUGGCCUUUCUCCAUCCGUCAUGGCGGAAGAUUCCAUCUUUGAUUCGGAACCCCAGUCCCAACCUCCCAAAUGCAUUCUCAAGCACGCGCCUGCGCGCACACAUCCCUACUGCCAGUAAAACAUGAGAAGGAAUAAAGACAGGGAGAGCUGCCUCACGAGCGCCGCGCGCGCGCCUGUCCUGCUCCUGCAAUUCCUAAUGUCUUUUGAAGAACGAAUAAAAGCUUUACAAACAUGUUAUCUAGAUUUUCACGCGCUGGUGUGAGAGGUAGUACGCGCGAGUGUUCCUGUGCUCGUCCAUGUGUCGUGAUGCUGCAGGGAAGGAAGCGGUCCGUCACGCUGAUGAAAUGAAAAUACACUUCAUGGGAGUUUUUUUUCUUCCUCCACCGAACUGGGCUUGUUCAUCGAGGUUGCCUGAAAACUAAUAACCACACCAAAUAAUGCAAAAGCGCAGCACUAGUACUAUACUGUUACCUCAGUUGUACGUAAAUAUAUAAAUAUAUAUUGUAUGUAUUUUGUCAUCCUUUUUUCUUGUUGUUUGUUUCAUUAAAUGCUAAUUUUAUGGGCUUUAAUAUUUUUGAAAUUAUUGGACGAAAGAUAAUUAUGACCUUCCAAACUAAAGGCCCUUUUUCCUAUUUGCUGGAAUUCAUCGGUUCUGCAAAAAGAGACUCUGGGAGCUGAGGAGCGCCCCCGUGUUCUGAACACUUUCUCUGGGCUUUUCUGCACUUCCACGGCGCUCGUGUUUCCCGUGUUUACCUCGGUGCCUCCGCUCAAAUGCCCUGCGACUGUUUAUAACGGAUCAUGUUUUAUUUACAUUCCAAAUGUCAGUGCGAGAACGCACGGAUAAUGCUGUUCUCCAACGUUGGUUGGCUCCCCGAAUAUGAAGUUGCUCCUUUCUCUGCUUGUGCCUCAUGAUGUGCUGUUGUAAAUAGUAAAUAGAAAUUUUAAAAAAGUC